CCAUGACAAAACAGAGCCAUAGAAGGAAAGAGAGCUAUCUAAGCAGGUACAUGAAGGCACCCUUCAGGUUCCUAAUGAAGGCAAGGGACAUGUACGUACGAGGCAUGAUCGAGUGCUCCACCCACUUCUCCUACGUCAACGUUUCCAUGGGAUGUCCCUCUGGCCAGGUCUGUACCCUUCCUAGAAGCUUUAGCGUUAACUCAGAGACCAACGAUGAUGAUUUCAAUGAGCUCGUAAGGGCUGCGUCCCUUAAAAGCUUUGGUGAUCGAAGACAACCAGUGAUCAAAGUGCCUCGUAGUCGUAGCGUCGCAAUUGGAAGGAUCGACGAAGACAAGCCAUGUGACUUUGGAGAUGAUAUGAUCAAGCUCAAGCCCCAUAUUUAUCCACGAAGUAGAAGUUAUGCAAUUCGUAGAGGUGGAGCAGGUCUAUUUUAAUUAACAUUUCUU